AUGGCCAAGACGCUAGAAUUUGGAGAGAACCAUGUCUGUCUUCAAACGCAAGAGUAUGCCCUAUGGGCCCUGCCACUGAAGCUUCCUCGGAGUUCAAAGUUUCAGAACUAUUCAAAGACCAAUCUUGAGAAAGGGAUAUCGAGAAAGUCGAACGGCUAUUCCCCUUACUUCGCAGAGAUAUACUGGUUGAAUCACCAACCAGGUUCCUACUCAGUAAAGACAGGUUAUUAUGCAGCUCUCGAGAAUCACCUUUCCUCAGUCUUAGAGACUCUAACACCGGCCCAAAACUGGAUAGAAGACGUAUGGAAACUACCUAUAGCUCCUAAGUUGAAAUUACUAAUUUGGAAGAUUAAGCAUGGAGGAAUCCCAAUCGGAGAUAUACUGAUGAGAAGACAUAUCCUACCUAACGCAAAGUGCAUUCAUUGUGACGGAUCUGAAUCGAUUCUACAUCUAUUUCAAUGUCCUUUUGCACAAAAAGUAUGGGAAUUGGUACCUGUUUUAGGCGGAUUUGAUCCACUGCCUCUGAGCUCCUUCAAUGAUUGUUGGAAGUUGGCAUUGAAAGCCAUUACACUCUCACCUACCGGACUUUAUAACUUCCCUUUGGCCACAUGGAUAAUCGCACCAAUCUGGACAACAAGGAAUUUCAAAACCUUUCAACAUCACCACACCCAAGAGGUUAUGACGAAAGCGAUUACAGAUGCUAAGGAGCGGAAAUUGGCUCAAGCAAGAGAGAUACCUCCUAAUCAAAAUCCAUCCCGGGGCCAGCAAUCCUCGGUUACCGAGGUGAUUGGUAGGUCAGAUGCAGCUUGGAAUAAGGAACACAUGGCAGAUGGAGUGGCGUGGAGCUUCUCCGAUAAUCGAAAUGAGAGACUUUACUCUCACAGUGACUCUAUGGCGUACGUAAGCUCGUCUCUCGUGGCAGAAGGACUAGUAGUACAAUCGGCGAUGGAACAUGCAAUCGCCUUGCAGCUAAGGAAGGUGAUAUUUGAAUCGGACUCUCUACAGUUAGUGUCAGCAAUUGUUGAUCGACUCCCCAUCUCUGAUCUCCAUGCAAUCCUUGCCGGUAUCAAUCUUUUAUCUGCUCAAUUUGAUUUGGCUUCCUUUCAUUAUGUCAAUCGAUCCUCUCUCUGUUUUGAGGAUGGUCUUGCAAAACAAGCUCUCCGAGCUUUUGUAAUGAACCCAUUUUUAAGUUAA